UCUCAUUCAUUCUCAAACAAACAAAAUAAUUUCAUGUAAUUUUUUCUUGUUCCUUUAGACGAAAUUUUACCGCGUAGUAGUAGUGAUGUACAGUAAGUAGAAUUUUUAACGAGCUGCCACGUUAUUGUAAGAAUAAGACAAGUUUAAUGGGCAUAGUUACUAAUUCGAAAUAGUAGAGUUACGCCUUACAUGAAUUCAUAUUUUGUUCUCCUUAUCGAAAGCUCGUCAGCGUCGUAGCUUAGUUUCAUUAUGUCUUCGUGGUUCUCGCAAUUUAGAAAUAUCUUCAAAUUAGAGCAUAAUCCUCUAAAGGUGAUCGAAGUAAAACAAGAUAAGUAUUCCGAUCGUCUUGUGUACAGUCGCGAUAAUGGUAUUCUUCUGUAUGGACCCGGUGGUAAAGAGAAUGAGUUUUACGAAGUACUGUUGCUUCGUCCAUGUAACGAAAGCAUGUGCACAGCUUACAGCAUAUUCCGUUCACUGGAUAUCAGCGAAGCCGAAGUGAAAUUCGUAACGUACAAGGAUAAAAUCCCAGUGUUAUUGAACGUUUGUAAAGAUGCUUGCAAAGUGGACAGUUUACAAAAAAUAUGCGACGUUUUGAACGAAAACCCUUCGUGGACGGUGGCUCAUAUCGCCAUACAGUUGAAUUUACUCGAUGUUCUCUCAAAGCCGGAAAUCAAGAGUCAGUUAUGCAAUCCAGACCCAAUAAGUGGCUUGUAUCCAAUACAUCUAGCUGUGAAGAACGCUAAUCUAUCGGCCAUUAAAAAUCUGCUCAAAGCUGAUAUACCUUUAAAUGUUCUCGACCAAGAAGGUAACACCGUUCAUCAUUACGCAGCUGAAACCAACAAGGAUAUUGUUUCGAUAUUAUCCAGUAAAGCUGCGGAAUGUUUAAAUUAUCGUAACGCCGGCGGAAAUACGCCGCUUCAUGUGGCAUGUCGAGCUGAUAAACAAGAUUGCGUCAAAGCUCUUUUAGUGGCUGGAGCAGACGUGAAUAUCUCAUCGAAACCUCUCACCACCCCGAAUACCUUAUCAGCAGCAAAUAUCGGAAAAGUAGUAAAGGAUCAUGAUAGUAAAUUACACGAAGAUGAUAUUAAAUUUGGCGGAACACCUCUGCAUUGGUCUUGUUCCAAAGAAGUGAUUUGUGAUCUAGUCGUAAAUAACUGUGAUUUAAAUGCUGUAAACUUUAACGGGCAUACUGCUCUUCAUAUAAUGGUUCUCAGGGAAAGAUUAGAAUGUGCGAUUGCAUUGUUGAGUCAUGGUUGUGAAGUAAACGCUGAAGAUGAAGAUGGAAAUACUCCUUUGCAUUUAGCUGUUCAAAAAAAGAACGUACCGUUGAUCCAAGGCUUGGUUAUUUUUGGUGCUAAAUUGGAUAGCAGAAAUAAACUGGGCGAAACACCUCGACACCUGGCGGCAAUUAAUAUAAUGGAUACUAACGCUAGAAAAGCUCUGUAUACGUUACACGCUGUGGGCGCUGCUCGUUGUGGACCUGGUGAUUAUGAUAAAUUGAAAAAUUGUACAGCUGGAUGUCACCCAUCUGGCGAAGAUUGCGGUGUAGCUCCUCCGGAACCGAAAUCAUAUCCGGCGAGAUCCAUUUUAGCUUUGUACGAACAAGAUUUACGUCGCCAUCAUAUGAAAGGAGGUCGAUUAUUAUGCCUUGAUGGAGGUGGCAUCAGGGGAUUAGUUCUGAUUACCAUAUUAUUGCAUUUAGAAGAGGCUGCCGGACAACCAAUACUUGACUGUUUCGAUUGGGUUUCUGGGACAAGCACAGGAGGCAUAUUAGCUCUCGCUUUAGCCGAACGCAAAACGUUAAGAGAAUGUUUGUGGUUAUAUUUUCUGCUAAAAGAACGUACUUUUUGCGGUAACAGACCGUAUAACAGCGAACCUCUGGAGUCCAUGUUGAAGGAGAUUUUCAAAGAUAAGAAAAUGUCAGAAUAUAAACAUCCGAAAUUAAUCAUCACCGCUUUACUGGCGGAUAAUAAACCAGCUGAUAUGCACAUGUUUCGCAGUUACACGCCUCCUUGUGAUAUUGCUUUUCCGCAGAAAAUUCAGCCUAAUGGAUUUCCACCGUUACCACCUCCCGAGGAACAGUUGGUAUGGAAAGCAGCUCGAGCUAGCGGUGCUGCUCCGUCGUAUUUCAGAAUGUUCGAACGUUAUUUGGACGGUGGUCUAAUAGCGAACAAUCCUACGCUGGACACUUUGACCGAAAUACGCGAGUAUAAUUUGGCGAUGAAAUACGUCGGACGAGAAUCCGAAGCUCACGAACCUACCGUAGUUGUAUCUGUGGGCACUGGAACUAUUCCGGUUACCGAAGUUGAAAAUAUCGACGUAUUUAGACCAGGUAAUGUGGUCGACGGUAUCAGACUCAUUAAAGGCGCUAACGCAUUGAAAACGUUACUCAUCGAUCAAGCAACCCAAUCAGACGGACGUGUUAUUGACCGAGCUAGAGCGUGGUGCCAUUUUAUAAACGUUCCGUAUUUUAGAUUCUGUCCGCAAAUGUCCGAAGAAAUCAACAUGGACGAAAAGGACGACCAGAAAUUGGUGAAUAUGUUAUGGGAAACUAAAGCCUAUAUGAUCGCACACCACGAAGAAGUAUUGAAACUGGUGCAUUUAUUAAGAAGUUAAUCGCGUUUUUAUUCUCAUUUUUAUUACGUGUAUUUUAAUAAAAGGGGCCAAUAUAAUAUUGCUGAAAUUAUCACUAUUAAGGCAAUCGUAUAUUGUUACAGUUAUUCUCAAUUUGUACCUCUACGUAAUUUUAGACUUUUUUUAAACAUAUGUAUUCUCGGUGUUUAUAUUUUUUCUAUAAGAGAAAAACUCGUUGAAAAAAAACACAGGUAAGACUAGGUGGGGAUUUUUCGUACGAUUUUUACUCCGUAAAUAUAAUAUUAUUUAUAUUACACUGAUGUUUUUAUCGAAGCCCUAAUGGGGGAUUUUUCUGAAAGAAUUUUAUUUUUCACGUUUCCUAUAUUUAUUUUUUGUUGAUUUCUCGUUUAACUUUUUACAAACUACAUUCAUUUCACAUAUAAUUGUUGAUGUUUUUAAUGGGUAGUCGAGAUAUUGGUGAAUUCUUCAUUCGAUUUCUUUAAAUUAUUCUCAUACGCUAGUCUACGUAUAGGCAAAAUAAUUAUACCUUCGUGUUGUGGCUUUAAUUAUUAGUGUAGUAUUAAAGUGUAUUUAUUGCUUCUGUCAACUGUGCAUUGUUCAACGAUGAUACUGUGAUAAGGUCUAAUUUUUCCUUCUUUUUUUUUAUUCGAUGUUGAUUUUGUUUUAUCGCGGAAACUAUAAGUUUUCUGUUUAAUUGUUCCGCUCAUUAUUUAUGUUGAAGUUUAUUCUAAUGAAUAUAUUUAUACAGUGUUUUUAAUUGAAAUAUACGUUUAUAACGUGAAA